AUGGAUGGCCUACGCACGUCAGUCAAUGACCUAACUGCCAGAGUUGACACUUUGGCCAGUCAAAAUGCCAGGAGCUACUCCGAGUUAGGAGGAAGAUAUACAGUGUUUUGGGGUCAAAAUGAAGAUACAAGGCCAAUCGAGAAGAGCCCGGACGAAAACGAGCAAGAAAAGGCGAAGAAAAACUGGACAACAGUCCACCGCGAUCGCGGUCGGACCGCAGCUGGAACGCGGUGGAAGAAAGCAGAAAACAGAAUGGGGGAAUCAGUGAAUGUUACUACUGAUCAAGUACAACAUCCUCUUUCCACAUUAGAUAUUUUGGUGUCUACUAUAGAUGUUGCACCCCUAAAUACUCUCCCACCCACAAGUGAGAAGACACAAGUGGAGAAAUUCACUAUAGAAAAGUGUGCAGGGGAUCUAGGGAAGAAGGUAGAUACAAUGGCUGUGGAACCUGUGGUUGAGGGGGAAGGAAGUAAAGAACUUGUGCAAAAGGGGGCUUCUGAUGGUCUUUCCUUUAGUUGGACUAAGGAUGCGGAAGAUGAUGGGGGUGAAAAAGAAGAAAAAGCUACGAACAGUCAUGAGGAACAUGAUGCUCAAAACAUAGCCAAAGAAGAAGAAAAAAGUGAGAAUGAGGGAGCAUCUGAAGAUGAGAAGGAGAGUGAUACAGAGGAUAAGACAGGUGAAGAGGCUAAUGAUUCUGCAAAAGAAGAAAAUCUUGGUGAAGAAGAGGAGGUUUCUGAAAGUGAAGGUGAGGAUCAAGAAAAAGUAAGUGAGAGUGAAGGAGGUGUUGAAAAGAGUGAGGAAGAAGAGCGAAAUGUGAGUAAGGAAUAUGGAGGCUCCAUGACAAUUGGAAACACCGUCAUAGCCCUCUCAGAAGAAAUUUUUUAA